AGCUAUUUAAGCAGCUCCCUCCCUCACCUCCCUCACCUUUUGGACAGACAAUCGGUUCCACUCAACAACCAACCGGCAACAUGUUCGCGCGGAACGUCCUUCUCGCAAUCGUCGCCUGCGCUGGGCUGACCUCUGCGUUACCCGCACCCGCACCUGAUAACACGCCGCCGCCAGACCCAGCGACCACUCCCGCGUUUACCACCAGCUCGGCCGGUGACAAGUGCUCUGGGUAUGCUGCUUCCAAUGUCGUCAAGACAGGCUCCUCUCUCACGGCCGACCUUACGCUUGUCGGUUCCUGCAACGCAUAUAGCGACGACAUCAAGGACCUCAAGUUGUUGGUUGAGUACCAAACAAAUGAGCGGCUCCACGUUAACAUAUACGAUGCCGGGCUCAAUGUGUAUCAGGUACAGAAAGAAGUUUUGCCGCGACCCAAGAGCGAUGAUGCCACGUCUGAUGACGCGGCCCUCGAAUUCGACCUCGUCGAGAAGCCGUUCUCUUUCACUGUGAAACGCAAAGAGAAUGGUGAGGUGCUGUUCGACACGUCCGGCGCGUCAUUGGUCUUCGAGACACAGUACAUCCGUCUUCGCACGAACUUGCCUGAGGACCCGUUUCUGUACGGCCUCGGUGAGCACUCUGAUCCCUUCCGGUUGCCGACGUACAAUUAUGUUCGUGUGAUGGAGAAUUCGGAAUCGCCGUUUAUACCGCAUAAUUCCAACUUGUACGGCAGCCACCCCGUGUACUUUGAGCAUCGCGGUGACAAAGGCACGCACGGCGUCUUCCUGCUCAAUUCGGAUCCCAUGAACAUCAUUAUCAAUCGGACGGAAUCUGGGCAACAGUAUCUGGAGUACAACACCAUUGGCGGUGUCCUUGACUUCUACUUCCUCGCCGGCAGUCGCCCUGCGGACGUCUCGAAGCAAUAUGCAGAUGUCGUUGGCUACUCGACUAUGUACCCAUACUGGGUUCUGGGCUUCCACCAGUGCAAGUAUGGUUACUGGGAUGUUAACAUGGUUGCGGAAGUCGUGGGCAACUACUCCACUGCGGGCAUUCCCUUAGAAGUCAUGUGGACCGACAUCGACCACAUGGACCUGCGUCAGGACUUCACAGUCGAUCCGGAGCGCUUCCCUAUGCAUAAGAUGCAGGAGCUUGUCACCACGCUACACCAGCGGGGCCAGCGCUAUGUCCUAAUCCUCGAUCCUGGUAUUCAUGCCGUGGGCAACUACUCAACCUAUACUCGGGGCCAUGACAUGGACGUGUUCCUCAAGCAUGCGGACGGCACCGACUACCUCGGUGUGCAGUGGGCUGGAGCGGUAGCCUGGCCGGAUUGGUUCGCACCGAACACAGCCAAGUGGUGGACGGAUGAGGUUACGCGCUUCUUCGAUCCCGAGACCGGCAUUGACCUUGACGGCAUCUGGGUCGAUAUGAAUGAAGCCUCCAACUUCUGCGCAGAUGAGACCUGCAAACCUAGGGAGAGUGCAGUCGAGCAGAACGAUCCACCGCAGCCCGCGCAUUCGCCGCGUCCCAACACGGGCCGUCCGAUCCCUGGCUUCCCGGCCGACUUCCAGCCGGGUGGAACAGCUGUCGCGCGAUCACUUAAGAGUAGGGAUGUAUCACUCAAGACCAAGGAUGUGUCUUUGGUUCCCCGUCAAGCUGCCAACGGCUCGAUGAAGGGCAUACCAAAUCGCGAGUGGUUCCAUCCAAAGUACCAGAUCCGCAACCACCGAGGUAAUAUCUCGGACUUCACGCUCUUGUUCAACACCAGCAACUACGAUGGAACCAAACAAUACGACACGCACAAUCUCUACGGCCACAUGAUGGCGACCACCACAAACGACGCAAUGCUCUCCCGGCGCCCCGGCCUCCGUCCCAUGACGCUCACACGCUCCACCUUCGCAGGCUCGGGCAGCAAAGUAACCCACUGGUUCGGUGAUAACCAAUCCGCAUGGGAGGACUACCGCAUCUCGAUCCGUCAAAUGCUCGCCUUCGUCGCCAUGCACCAGAUGCCCAUGGUCGGCUCCGAUGUCUGUGGCUUCAACGGCAAUGCGGAGCAGUACAUGUGUGCACGCUGGGCGCUCCUAGGUGCCUUUCAGCCCUUCUAUCGCAACCACGCUGAAAUUAGCUCCACGCCUCAGGAAUUCUACCAGUGGCCGCUUGUCACGGAGGCGGCGAAGAAAGCUAUCGACACGCGCUACAAGCUCAUAGACUACAUCUACACGGGGCUGUACUAUCAGACCACCACCGGCACGCCUAUGAUAAACCCUCUGUUCUAUCUCUACCCGGAGGAUGAAAACACCUUCGCGAUCCAGGAACAGUGGUUCUACGGCGACGCGCUGCUCAUCAGCCCCGUCACCACCGACUACUCGGAGACCGUCACCUUCUACCUCCCCGAUGACGUCUUCUACGACUACUGGACGCACGAGCGCGUGCAAGGCGAGGGCGCAAACGUCACUGUCUCGGACGUCAGCUGGACCGAUAUCCCCGUGCACAUCCGCGGCGGCACUAUCAUCCCGCACCGCAUGAACUCUGCCAACACGACCGCCGAGCUACGCAAAGAGGACUUCUACAUCGUCGUUGCGCCGGGCGAAGACGGCAAGGCGAAGGGUCGCUUGUACCUCGAUGAGGGCGAGAAGAUUGACCAGCCAAACACGAGCGAGAUCGAGUUCAGCUUCGACGGCAGCAAGUUCUCUUGCUCGGGCUCGUUUGCGUACUCGGGCCAGAACGGCGAGAGCAUCACCGUCUCCAAAGUCGUUGUGCUGGGCCAGGAUCACGCUCGCGCAGCGGGCAAGUGGGAUAGCUCUAAGAACACUAUCGAGGUUGAGGGCCCGUGGCAGCUGACGGGCGAGUGGAGCUUUAAUCUCUAGGCGGGAUAGAUGGGAGCAUGCAGAGGUUCAAGAGGGUUUUGCAUACACACGGUGUUUUGGGUACUUCACACGGGCUAGGCACUUGCAUAUGGACUGGGCGGAACACUGGGAUGGGUGGCGUUUCACCGGUUGC